CAAUUCUGAUAUCUGGUAGUUCCCGGUUGAGUUUGUGAGGUUUACCGAGUCUCGAGAUCAAUUCAGGAGUUUCUGGAGCACUUUUUUCACUAGCUAUGUUUUCUCGAAGCAGCAACCGAUAUCAUUUGGGGGAAUUUAUAAUUUAUUUCAGUAGUAUUGAGGUAGGAGUUCUUUCCGUAUUCUUUCACAUGCUUUGGUUAAAUUGGUGUAUGAACUGGAUGAAAAUUUGAAUUCCGUUAUGACCUUUGAGUAGCUGUUGCGGGUGUGCUUGUAGAUGGCUUCAACUUAGAACGCAAAAGGAGAUGGUAGAAAGCAAUUUAGAAACAGAAAAGUUUGCAUCUACGGGUGUUAGUGAUAUUCAAGGUGGAAGCCAGGGUCUUCGCAGGGAGCCUUCUUUCUCAGGUUGGUGUGAUGAGAAUGGGAUCAUUCAUUCAGCUCGUUCUUCAGACAAUGCUGAUCUAAGUAUAGAAGAUUCUGAUUUUGAAUUGCCUUUGCUUGAAGGAGACGGGGCAGAAGAUGGGUGUUUAGGUGGGGAUAGACAGAAAGUUAGUAAGUUUCAGCCGAGAAGUACGUAUAUGAGUGGAGGUCAUUCCUUGGAUAAUACAUCUUACCGUAUUGAAGGGAAUGGAAAUGAGAGAAACUAUGUGCCUUUUGAUGUUGAAAAUGGUUCUGAGAGCCAACGACCCGUGUCAAAUAUUGAUGUGGAUGGCUCCACUUCACAAGGAACACAUAAAACAGUACCAGAUACUCAAUGCCCUAUUUCUGUAGUCGUUCUUCUUAAGACUUUGUUUUUCAUAGUCGUAUGGUACGGCUUCAGUACUUGUUUGACUUUAUAUAACAAAACACUAUUGGGAGAUAAUUUGGGAAAGUUUCCUGCUCCAAUGUUGAUGAACACUAUCCACUUUGGGAUGCAAGCUGUUCUGUCCAAUGCAAUUACAUGGUUUUGGGCCAAAAGGUUUCGACCCAGAGUAGCAAUGUCAUGGAAGGAUUACUUUAUACGAGUUGUGCCAACAGCUCUUGGGACUGCACUGGAUAUAAACCUGAGCAAUGCUUCUCUUGUUUUCAUCUCUGUUACAUUUGCAACUAUGUGUAAAUCUGCAUCUCCUAUUUUUCUCCUCCUAUUUGCCUUUGCAUUCAGGCUGGAGACUCCAAGCAUCAAACUUCUUGGCAUUAUAUUAAUCAUCUCCUUUGGAAUUCUAUUGACAGUUGCAAGGGAGACAGAAUUUGAACUAUGGGGUUUCAUUUUUGUCAUGCUUGCUGCUGUUAUGUCUGGCUUUCGAUGGUCCAUGACUCAGAUUCUUUUGCAGAGAGAGGCCUAUGGUUUAAAGAAUCCCCUUACGUUGAUGAGCUAUGUGACUCCAGUUAUGGCUGUAUCAACUGCUCUACUCUCUCUUGUAAUGGAUCCCUGGGAUGAGUUCAAAAAGAAUAAUUACUUCAAUAAUUCAUGGCAUGUUCUUCGGAGCACCUUGCUAAUGCUUUUUGGUGGAACCCUUGCCUAUUUUAUGGUUUUGACAGAAUAUAUACUUGUCUCAGUAACCAGUGCAGUGACUGUAACGAUUGCAGGGGUUGUUAAAGAGGCUGUUACCAUCUUGGUUGCAGUGUUUUAUUUCCACAAUCAGUUUACCUGGUUGAAAGGGAUUGGACUCGUUACAAUCAUGGUUGGUGUUAGUUUAUUCAACUGGUUCAAAUACCAAAAGCUACAGAAGCACCAAGAAGGUGAAAACGAUGAAGCAGGGUCUGUCUCAAACAAUGUUGCUGCAAGAUAUAUUAUCCUGGAGGAGAUGGAAGAUCAAGAUGAUGACGCUUGAUUUCUGUUGUGAUCACCUUGAUCAAAUUUAUCUGCAUAUUUUAUGCAGUGGAUCAAUGUCCAGGUUGAAGCUCUUCACCUCAUGAGUUGAGACAAGCUGGGGAUAAGAAAAUGGGUAUGUAGAUUUCCUCGUGGAUGAUUACUAAACUAACGUUCUCAUGGAGAAAAUUGUUAGAAGUAAUACUGUUUGGCCAACCUCAGAAAUGCAGUUUCUACCAAUCCUGACCAGGUCAUUUGUAUUAGCUCAUGUAAACUUUAUCAAUAUGAUUUUAUGGUUUCUCAAUGAGACCAUCGGUGGAAAUGGGAAGAUUCCAUGGUUUGAAAUCACAAGCAAAUUGGCCUCUUACAUUGGAAAAUUUUGAGCAGAAGACACGCAUUUGUUAUUGGAAAUUGUCUCAAGUUGCAGUUGAUCAAAUAUAAAUGUACAUGAAUGUAAUUGUGAGUACCAAAAAGGGAAAAGGAAUUCAAUUGAAUUUUAUUCUUGUGGUUUUUCUGUACAAACCCAUUUUUCUGUAUUA